UCAUCCUCAUAUCCUGUCCUUAUAUCCCAACCUCAUAUCUUGUCCUCAUAUCCCAUCUUUAUAUCUCGUCCUCAUAUCCCGACCUUAUAUCCUGUCCUCAUAUCCUGUCCUUAUAUCCCAAUCUCAUAUCUUGUCCUCAUAUCCCAUCUUUAUAUCUCGUCCUCAUAUCCUGACCUUAUAUCCUGUCCUCAUAUCAUGUCCUUAUAUCCUGUCCUUAUAUCCUGUCUUUAUAUCUCUUCCUCAUAUCCUGUCCUUAUAUCCUGUCUUUAUAUCUCGUCUUUAUAUCUCGUCUUCAUAUCUCGUCCUCAUAUCCCGUCCCCAUAUCCUAGCCUUAUAUCCCGUCCCCAUAUCCUAGCCUUAUACCCCGUCCCCAUAUCCCGUCACCAUAUCCUAGCCUUAUAUCCCGUCCCCAUAUCCUAGCCUUAUAUCCCGUCCUCAUAUCCUGACCUUCAAUCCCAUCUACACAUACCAUAAUCACAUGUUGACCUCAUAUCCCAUCCUCACAUCCCGACCUCAUAUCCUGCGCCCCACCCCAACUAUUCUCUGCACCUGCCAGACAGUCAGCAGAAAGUUUAAAAGUCCCUGGUAAUCUCUGCAGCCUGAGAGUAACAGAAUCAGGAGAUGUAAUUAAGACAAAAAACUCCAUCCUCACAUAAAGGGGAAACCAAUGGUUAUAAAGAGGAAAUAAAUGGUAAAAGACUAAAUGCUAAAGAGAAUAAGAAAAGGAUAACAGUUUUUUGUUUUUUUUUUGCGCAGGACCCGUGACUUCUCACUCUCCUCCGUGUGAGUUAUGACCAGGCUUUGAAAUUUUUUGGCUUGAUAACAGAAAGGAAGAACCCAUGAUUCCUAUAUGCCCUGUAGUUUCAUUCACCUAUGUGCCCAGCCGGCUGGGUGAAGAAGCCAAAAUGGCUACCGGCAACUACUUUGGAUUUACCCAUGGUGGUGCAGCUCAGUACAGCCAGCAGCCAGCAUCAGGAGUUGCCUAUUCCCAUCCAACCACUGUGGGCAGUUACACUGUGCAUCAGGCUCCUGUAGCUGCGCACACAGUCACAGCAGCAUACGCCCCCGCGGCAGCCACAGUGGCCGUAGCUCGACCCGCACCAGUUGCCGUGGCCGCUGCAGCAACCGCAGCUUACGGAGGCUACCCCACAGCUCAUACAGCCACAGACUAUGGCUAUACACAGCGGCAGCAAGAGGCUCCACCGCCACCACCUCCUGUGACUACACAAAACUACCAGGAUUCGUAUUCCUAUGUGAGGUCGACAGCGCCGGCUGUAGCCUAUGACAGCAAGCAGUACUACCAGCAACCGACUGCAACUGUCGCAGCUGUAGCUGCCCAACCUCAGCCAUCUGUGGCCGAGUCCUACUACCAGACAACUCCUUUCGCCUUGUCUUUUCCAGUUGCUCCCAAGGCUGGCUACAGCCAGGGUGCUGCACAGUACACGCAGGCGCAACAGACUCGUCAAGUGACAGCGAUCAAACCUGCCAACCCCAGUCCGGCUACAACUACCUUCUCUAUAUACCCUGUAUCCUCCACUGUGCAACCUGUCGCUGCCGCAGCCACUGUGGUGCCCUCGUACACUCAGAGUGCCACCUACAGCACAACUGCUGUUACAUACUCCGGUACAUCUUACUCUGGUUACGAAGCUGCAGUGUAUUCGGCGGCAUCGUCCUAUUAUCAACAACAGCAGCAACAGCAAAAGCAAGCGGCUGCGGCCGCAGCAGCCGCCGCCACCGCAGUCUGGAGCGGGAGCAACUUUACCAAAAAGCCUCCGUUUCAGAACAAGCAGCUUAAGAUUAAGCAGCCACCCAAACCACCUCAGAUCCAUUACUGUGAUGUCUGCAAGAUUAGCUGUGCUGGACCUCAGACCUAUAAGGAGCAUUUAGAAGGACAGAAGCACAAGAAAAAAGAAGCUGCCUUAAAAGCCUCCCAAAACACCACCAGCAGCAGCACAGCUAUCCGUGGGACCCAGAACCAGCUCCGCUGUGAGCUUUGUGAUGUCUCUUGCACAGGGGCCGAUGCAUAUGCUGCCCACAUCAGAGGCGCUAAACACCAGAAGGUUGUAAAGCUGCACACCAAGCUCGGCAAACCCAUUCCGUCAACUGAACCAAAUGUCGUGAACCAAUCUGUCACUUCAGCAGCUGUCAAGUCGGCUUCCUCCUCCAACAAUACAUCCAGCACUAAUGGAGGCUCCUCUGUCACCACACCUGCUGUGAAACUGCUUACAUCCUCAUCUAGCGGCUCCUCGAGUGCAAGCAAAAUGUCUACUAUCUCGUCUAACAGCAUCGUCAAGAAAAUAACCACGCCAAAAAUAACCUUCGUAGGUGGAAAUAAGUUGCAGUCCACUGGAAAUAAGACCGAAGACAGUAAAAUGGCAGACAGUGUUAAGGUCGCUGCAAAUUCCACACAAGAAGUGAAAAUGGAUCCCAUGGCCGAAGCUGCUCAGACCUUAGCAGCCCUUCAGAGCGAUGUCCAGCCUGUUGGCCACGAUUAUGUUGAAGAGGUUAGAAAUGAUGAAGGAAAAGUUAUCCGCUUCCACUGCAAGCUCUGCGAGUGCAGCUUCAAUGAUCCCAACGCAAAAGAAAUGCAUCUUAAAGGAAGGAGGCAUAGGCUGCAGUACAAGAAAAAGGUCAAUCCAGACUUGCAAGUGGAAGUGAAGCCCAGCAUACGGGCCAGGAAAAUUCAGGAAGAGAAGAUGCGAAAACAGAUGCAGAAAGAAGAGUACUGGAGGAGGAGAGAGGAAGAGGAGCGAUGGAGGAUGGAAAUGAGGCGUUAUGAAGAGGACAUGUAUUGGAGACGCAUGGAGGAAGAGCAGCAUCACUGGGAUGACAGACGAAGAGGCCCAGAUGGUGGCUAUCAUCAUGGACCUCCAGGGCCACCAGGAUUGUUAGGAGUGAGACCGGGAAUGCCACAACCUCAAGGACCAGCUCCAUUGCGCAGACCAGACUCUUCUGAUGACCGAUAUGUGAUGACCAAGCAUGCUGCGAUUUACCCAACUGAGGAAGAACUCCAGGCUGUACAGAAGAUAGUGUCCCUUACAGAACGAGCACUUAAACUUGUGUCCGACUCCAUGGCUGAGCAGGACAAGAGUAAGGGCAAAGAGCCUGUUGAGGAGAAGAAGGACCCAACAAAGGAAAGGGCUCUGAAAGGAGUUUUACGCGUUGGCGUGUUGGCUAAAGGAUUGCUCUUACGUGGCGAUAGGAAUGUCAGUCUAGUCCUGCUCUGCGCAGAGAAGCCAACCAAGACGUUGCUGACCCGUAUAGCUGAUAACCUUCCCAAACAGCUUGCUGUCAUAUGCCCCGAGAAGUAUGAGGUGGCCUGCUCCAUUCCCGAGGGAGCCAUUAUAUUGAAUUCUUGCGUGGAACCUAAAAUGCAGGUCACCAUAACUCUGACCUCUCCGGUUAUAAGAGAAGAAAGCAUGAGGGAUGGAGAUGUAACCUCGGUUAUGGUGAAAGACCCACCGGACGUCUUGGACAGGCAAAAAUGCCUUGACGCUCUGGCUGCUCUACGCCACGCUAAGUGGUUCCAGGCUAGAGCCAAUGGACUGCAGUCCUGCGUCAUCAUCAUCCGUAUCCUGCGCGACUUAUGCCAGCGUGUGCCCACGUGGUCAGAUUUUCCGAGUUGGGCCUUGGAGUUGUUGGUGGAGAAGGCUAUAAGUAGCUCGACAGGUCCCCAGAGCCCCGGGGAUGCAUUGAGAAGAGUCUUUGAGUGCAUUUCAUCCGGAAUUAUUUUAAAGGGUGGGCCUGGUUUACUUGACCCAUGUGAGAAAGAACAUUAUGACACUUUAGCUACUAUGACUGAGCAGCAAAGAGAGGACAUCACUUCCAGUGCACAGUUUGCACUAAGGCUACUCGCCUUCCGACAAAUCCACAAAGUGCUGGGCAUGGAUCCUCUGUCUCAGAUGAACCAGCGCUUUAAUAUCCACAGUAACCGGAAGAGAAGGAGAGACAGCGACGGAGUGGACAGCUUUGAAGCUGAAGGAAAGAAAGAUAAAAAAGAUUACGACAACUUCUAAAGUGAAAGAAAGAAGGAGCAGCCCUGAGAGAAAGAAAGGAGCUCGUGGGCGUCCAUGCACUGUCUCCCGAAGAAAUACAUUUCCACUAACAGAGAUGGUUCAUCCCAUCUGCCGCAGGGUUACAUGUCCUGAUGCUGACGCUUUGUCGUAUCUUGUUGUUACCUUGCGCCAGACUCCGAUGUUUCAUCUCUGGAGUUGUUAAUAGGAUAAAUAUUUGUAUAGUUGUUAAAAUUUAAGAGUUCCUUUCCCCUGCCUUCAUAAAGCGGAGGAUUCUGUCCAUUUUCAGAGGCCUAGCGGGCGCUCCCCCCUAGUCCUUUAGCACUUGGAUAGUUUUACAGUGUAAGGUUCCAGGCUAAGCAUCGGGUGAUGGGCCCUUACCCCAGUGAUGUCUCUUUAUAGGCAGUAGGUGUAUUUAAUUUCCAGCCGUGUUUUUAAGUUUUCGUGUUGCGUUGUAUGAAAAGGAAAAAAAAAUAAGUUGGCAGGGGAAAGCCUUCUUUAGUUGUAAGUUACAUGAAUAGAUAUGGCAUGUGCCCUUACUAAGUUUUUUAUUUUGUUUUUAAUUCUUUUUCCCUGCUUUUUGUUUUGUUCUUGUAAAUUGAUCCACAUGGAUGUCAUUGUGUGCACACUAUAACACAUUCUUCAUUAUUAUUUUCUUUUAUUUUUUCGUUUGCAAUUUUCAGCACUCGGAAGUAAACGUCUCUGGAAAUCUCGUGGCAUUUGUCUCAAUGGGUUAAAUAUAUAUAUAAUUGUAACUAAGGCAGCUUUCCGUCAGUUUUUGUUUUAGCUGUGCUAGGGACAGUCGAAAGCUAACCUAUAACCACAUUACAUGCUCUCGGUUUAUUUUAUCCCCAACACGGAUGCUGCCGCAUUUGCAUGAUUUAUCACAUUUAUUUUACGUUUUGCUUUUAUAACAUUGAGUCUGUUUGCAAAACGAUUCCUGUUUUUGAUAUAUAGCAAACCUAAUGUGAACAAGGUUAAAAAGAACCAGCGCAAAGUAGGUAUUGUAAUAGGAAUUAAAAGAAGAGUGUGCGUUCCUAAAAUAGAAGCUUGCGCAAUGUAGCUUUUCGGUUUUUCGGAAACUUUAACUCCAAGCAUGCUGAGCAUUUGUUGGAAGUUGUAGUUUCUUAGCUACCGAAAAACCACAAGGUAGUAGACCAGGGUAAGGCAACCUUCUGCGUAUGUUGUGGACUACAUCUUCCAUGAUGCUCUCACUGACAAAAUGCUGCCAAAGCAUCAUGGGAGAUGUAGUCCAAAACAUCUGUCUGUAGUAGACCAUUGGCCUAGGCCAGUGUUCCUCAACCUGGGGUCCUCCAGCUAUUGCAAAACUCUGAGCCCCAUUAUGCCGGCUGUCAGGAUAUGAUGGGAGUUAGAGUUGUGCAACAGCUGGAGAGCCCUUAAUUUGGAGAACACUAGAGAUGAGCGAACUUACAGUAAAUUA